GCACAAGAUACUAUGGGUUGUACCGAAGAUAUUUUUACUCUAGUCUGUUGAUUGCAAUUUUAAAAUUAAAGACGUCGCGUACGGACCUAGCUUGUUGUAUAAACCGUGGGUGCCGCAACAACAGUUUGAGGACAAUUUUGAGUGAUAAUGCUGACUUAAAACCGGGCAGUUUUUGAAUUAAUUGAAUACGUAUGGCGUAAUCCUUGGUCGUUUCGUGGGUGCAAACGUCUCGUCGAAAAAUCUAUACUUAAAAAGGGGAGUCAAUAACCUGCAAAGAUGCCAGCGACGAGCUGCGAUUUCAUAGGAGCUAUAUCGAUAAGUGGCAUAUAAGCGCAUCAAGAAUGAUGAUUGUUAAACGUUUUGUACUCUUUUCGCUUCUAUUAAUAAUACGAAAGACCGCGGUACAGUGCCAAGAUGAGGAGGAAAAAAGGAAAGACGACGCCGGACCGGAGAAUGACUCUAGUUUAAAUUUAAAUCAAAAUGGUGCUCACACAAUAAGAACUUAUCAAACUGCUUCAAAUCAACCGAAACGUCCACAAUUUAGCAAUAUAGGCGACGAUAUAAAAGACAUAUUGAACGAGGAAGCCUACGAGAGGCUCAGCAGUUAUUUUAUUAGAUACAGGAGGCAAGCUCCGGACAGGAGCAUAGUAAGCAUAAGGAAAAGACUAAACGAGGAAAAGAAGAGGGAUGAAGUUAUGCCGGCCGAUGCUAAUCCCAGGAUGGAACCGAAUGAAACUAGAAUCGGCAAACACAGUUUCGCGGGAACGGAAUAUGGUGUGAAUACUGAACAAUUGCAAAAUAAAAAAUUCGACAUAAUCAGAGAACUACGUCGUCACCAUCCCAGCGAAGACAAAAAGGUCUACGAGUCUGAGACGGACUGCGAAUUUGAGACCGACUGCUUGUGGACUUGGCGGAAAGACAUCGCCAACGGAUUCUUCAGGACGUGGGGGAAAAACUUCGGGGCCAACGAGACGGGGCCCAGGACAGAUGCCAACAACAAGGAGUUCGGCAAUUUUCUUUUACUGCGUCUUCCUAUGAAAGCAACAGAAUUCCAUGUUACUAGCCCUUUGUUUAAACCUACAAUCUCAUCUUGUAAACUGGCUAUAUGGAUCUACCAGGAACAAAUGGAAGGAGGUGAAAUUCGCAUUGUAGGUGAUAAAACUAGCGAUCAUUCUCAAUCUAUAAACAACCACACCCAAUGGUUAGUCAAGGGAAUACCUGGAGAUAAUAGUAAAAAGUGGAAAAAGUACGAUAUGUCCGUAGGCAAGAUAUCUAGGAAUUUCACUAUAAUAUUGGAAGUUGUGCCGUCAGAAAAAAUCGUGAACGGAGCUACAGUGGCUUUUGACAACAUUCAGUUGAUUCACUGCUACCAAAGAAGUGAUGACUCUUGCACUCCCCUUCAGUACAAAUGCAAAUCUACCAAGACUUGCAUUAACAGCACCAGAAUAUGUGACAUAAAACCAGAUUGUCAGUUUGGUGACGAUGAACAGCAGAAUUGUGAUCUUAUGCCGUAUGGUUCCCGCUGCACUUUUGAAGACGACUGGUGUGGUUGGCAGAACAUCGACAUCAAGACUCUCGAGUGGACCCGACAUAACGGUUCCACACCGACGAAUUUUACCGGUCCCAAUUAUGACCACACCUACAUGAACACGACAGGAAAUUACCUCUAUGUCAGCAUGCUGAAGAAAAACGCAGACUUUGCUUCAACGGCGGUGCUGCGUAGUGUCGAUUUUAAUCCUCCACCAAGGGUUCAUGGAAACACAUCAUCCAGGUUUUACAAUUCCUGCGCCAUUCGGUUCUAUCUUCACAAAACCGGAAAACAUAAAAGUGGAAUACUGCUGCAGGUCACCGAAUUGACUCCUGCAGAAAAUAUUUCUAAGGAAAUUUUGUGGAGCUUCCAUGAUCAUGGUGACCAGUGGGUUCGUCAAGACAUUAUUCUGCCGAAUAUCACACACAGGUACUUUGUCCAUUUCGAGGCAAGGAAAGGUAUGAGAUAUAUGAGUGACAUUGCCAUAGAUGACGUUUCCUUAAGUCCUGAAUGUUUCGGGUUAAAUAUACCACCCGAGGAACUCAACGGUUACAAUUACUGGAAUCCCCUCGUGGGUUAUCUGGACAAAAGAGAGACUCAUCCAGACUUUAAAAAUAAAACAUAUUAUGAAAUAACCACCUGUAACAUUAAGGGUAGAUUUGGACCUAAGCAAUACGACUGCGCGAAAGCCUAUAACGGUUCCAAGAUGAAUAUUAAAGUACUGAAUGAACCAGGUUUGAGCGGGGUGCAAAAAUGGGUAGUUCCUCAGGACGGAUUCUACACGAUUAUUUUAUCUGGAGCAAGUGGAGGAAAAGGCGGGUCGCAAAUGGGUUCCUCCAGAGGCGCCCAAGUAAGAACCAUUGUGGAGUUGAAAAAAGGCCAGGAAAUUUUCAUGUUGGUUGGUCAGGAAGGCACUAGUUCCUGCGUAAAGAGUCUUGGAUAUCAAGCGAAUUCAUCAUGUCACUCGGGACAGAAUUGGGGCACCGGCAUAAGAUGGGUCCUCACAAUGGACAUCAAUGACGGUGGCGGCGGAGGAGGUGGCGGAACAUAUGUUUUUAUGCGAAAUCGGACAAAAGAGAAAAUUCCUCUUGCCGUGGCUGGUGGCGGAGGUGGCUUGGGCUUAGGCAGAUUCAGUGUGGAUAGUGUCAGACAACACGGGCAAGGUGUUAACAUCUCGAGACCCCCCCUACCUGGUAAAAUGUAUGGCGCCAAGUCUGCUGGCGCCGGUGGCGGAUGGAGCGUGUUCCCAGGAUUACUAGAACUGGCCAUUAUGGGCAGCUCCUUACAAGCGGGUGGCGCCGGAGGAAAAGCGUGUUACGAGUCGACCGAUAACAGAGGAGACGGUGGAUUCGGUGGUGGCGGGGGAGGCUGCAGAUACGGCGGAGGUGGUGGCGGGUUUGCUGGAGGAAACGCUCCUUUUGUCAACUCGACCAACGGCGAAGGUGGUUAUUCUUACCUGAACCCUUCCAAAGCUCUUCUCGAGCUAUCCAACGUGGAGCCGGGCGUCAAUGCCGGGCCUGGAUACGUUUUGAUUAUUCCCUCUAUCGAUGGGUGCGAAUGCGACUAUAGGUGUUUAGCUUUAGAUGCCAGACGGUCUCAAGUCACUUGUAUAUGCCCUCAGAGGUGGAAGUUGGGGGAUGAUAAGAAGAAAUGUGUUCCUGUCGGAGACGUUACGCCAGUUGGUACUUAUCCAACGUGGUUCGUUGUGGGUCUUAUAGUAACGGUGUUUUUCCUGACUGUGCUGUUUGGGGUAGUGUGUUUCUUGUUAUAUAACAGAUACCAGCAGAAAGCCUUCGGGCGUUUGGGUCGGAAAAUGAUUCCUAACGCCGAUCUUCAACUAGAUAGGCUGAGGAUUACCUCGGAUAGUAUCAUGGAGUAUAAUCCAAAUUACGAGUUCGGCGGUGUGGUGUAUACUCUGAAGGAUCUGAAGGACAUUCCUAGGGAACAAUUGCGUCUCGUAAAAGCUCUAGGCCAGGGCGCUUUUGGAGAAGUAUACCAAGGCUUUUACAGACAAAGGCCUUGCGAUACUGUUGAAAUGCCGGUAGCGGUUAAAACGCUACCAGAAAUGUCCACCUCGCAAGCGGAGAUGGACUUUCUUAUGGAGGCGCUCAUAAUGUCUAAAUUCAACCAUCCAAAUAUUGUCCAUUUCAUAGGCGUUUGUUUCGACAAACACCCAAGAUUCAUAGUACUGGAGCUUUUAGCAGGAGGAGACCUGAAAAAUUUUCUGAGAGAGUCUAGGCCUAAGCCAGAACGAGCUAGUCCCUUGACGAUGAAAGAUCUGGUGUUGAUAGCAGUAGACGUUGCGAAAGGAUGCAAAUACUUAGAAGACAACAGGUUUAUCCACAGGGAUAUAGCGGCCAGGAAUUGUUUACUGACCACCAAAGGUCCUGGAAGAUGCGUAAAAAUUGCCGAUUUUGGCAUGUCUAGAGAUGUGUAUAGAUCCGAUUACUACAGGAAGGGCGGAAAAGCUAUGCUGCCAAUUAAGUGGAUGCCACCAGAAGCGUUUUUGGACGGUUUAUUCACGAGCAAGACGGACGUGUGGUCUUUCGGGGUUUUACUUUGGGAAAUCAUGUCGAUGGGUUACAUGCCUUAUACAGGAUGUGCAAAUAGGGAAGUGAUGCAACUCGUUACCAGCGGAGGAAGACUGGACCCACCUGCCAAUUGCCCAGGUCCCAUUUACGGCAUUAUGACCCAAUGCUGGCACCCAGCCCCUGAGCAGAGACCGACAUUUGCCACGAUUCUAGAGAGACUAGGCUACUGUGUUCAAGAUCCGCAAGUGAUGAAUGCCCCAUUGCCUGUAUUUCAACGUCCACCGUCAAACGAGAGGGAUACUACCGUGAUGCGGCCUACAAGUUCAGAGGAGAACUGUCUCCAGGUGGUACCUACAUCCUCAGAUUAUCUAAUUCCAAACCACACAACCCCCACCACCCCCGAUCAAAUUGAAUCGACUUCCUCGGUUGAAAAAUUACUACCAGACAAUUCAGAUAAUUGGGAAACCUCCUUCAUAAUGCCUCACUCAAGGUCCACCCAACCCUUACUAAUGGAUAACGGUAAAGAAGAUGAGGGUGCCACGUCUGUCGACAAACUGCUGGCGAUCGACAACACACCAAAUCCGAAAAUAUCGCCAAUUUCUCUGCCCAACAAUGUCCUCAGCCACAGCAAUCACAACAACAACAUGAAGGGUGACUACAGCUUGAAAUCGGGGGUAUCCCUAGACGCGGGAGCUCUGGCAAAACAGGUCAUGACACCUUCACAGAACAAGAAAUACGCUAACAUAAACACUGGAGAUUCUAUCACUAGCAACGGUGUACUUCAGAAUGACCCGUUUUCCAACCAUGUCGGAAAUAGCAAAAAAUACUUAAACGAAGCCGAGAUAAACUGUUAAGUUGUGAUUUGAAUGGUAUUUAGGAGCGAAAUUUUUGAAAUUAGUACUGGGUGGGUUGUCUUAAGCAUAACACUUGAAUUUCAAUAAAACAAUUAAAAGACAGAUUUUCCUCAAAAUUCUUUACUACUGCCAGUGUUAUGUUUCAGAGGACUAUCAUCUUUACCGGCAUAUCCAAUGUGUAUAUUAGUGGGCUCAACAUUUACUGUACGGCUAGAUUUUUUUAUGCAUUAGGAUUGAUAAAACUUCAAAUAACAUUAAUAUAUGAUAAUUAUAUUUAAAGACUUUGUGCCAAAUAAACCACCAUGUACAGAAAAGGGUAAUAAGUGUGUUUUAGGUAAGGAUUACUUGAGAUAUUGUACAAAUAAAUCAGAGGCAAAUAAAUUUGCCGCAUCUCAAAAAUCGACGAAAAGACAAUUUAUUCCAAAAGAGGAUUAAUACAUUUUGGGGAGGAAAAACAUGGCAGGCCAUUUAUUAGUAUCUUUCUGUCCAUAAUUUUUAUAUUUUUAUGGAACGAGAAGUUAAGAAAAUAUAUUUUUCUAUGAAGUUGAAAAUUCAAAUCCA